AUGAAUUCAACAGCUAUAAAUGUCUGUUCUGGAGCACUUACAAACACAGAAAUUGUAGUGUUAGCAACCUUCAACACAAUUCUUGGAUUAACAUCAUGUGUUGGAAACGCACUCAUUUUAGCAGCCAUUUACCAAGUACCAAGUCUAAGAACAGUUUCAAAUGCGUUUAUUGCUUCUCUUGGAUUUGCCGACUUCACAGUCGGUUUGUUUAUGAAUCCUUUGUGGGUUUCCAAGAGUCUUCUGAACGUCUGGAAAAGUGAUAAUCAGCUUUCCACUACAAUUGAAUUCCUAACAAUGCAGACCAUCGUGGCGACUACGUUCAGCUUGUGUGCUGUUAGUGUGGAUCGCUAUGUAGCAGUAACCAAUAUUCGUUAUAUCGAGAUCUUGACGAGGUCUCGCGUCCGAGCUGUCAUCGUUUCCAUCUGGUUUUUCUCUGUUGUUUUCGCGUGUUUAAGACUGGUAAUAACCGAUCAAUUUAAAUUACCUCUCUACUGGAUUGCCGCAUCAACCAUCACUGUAAUGUUACCGAUAGUAAUCAUUUCCCUUUGUUAUUUUCACAUAUUCAAGGCGGUUCGCAUUCAAAUCAGACGAAUAACAACGUUAAACCCAGACGAGACUUUAGUGCAACUUAAGAACCGUAAAGCAGCUUUAACUAUCGGAAUAGUUGUGGGUAUAUUUCUAAUUUGCUGGACUCCAAGUCUAGUCAUAUCCCUUUUGCAAUUCUUCAGUACUGAUUCUUGCAGGAAAAUGAAAAUAAACAGUUACUGGUUCUGGGUUGCCUUAGCAGAAUUCAGCAACUCAGCUUUUAAUCCCUUUAUAUAUUGCAUAAGAAGCCGGGACUUUAGAAAAGCUGUGCGAAAUGUAGUC